AUGGCAUCCAUGAUGGGUGUGUGGGCAUUCUGCCAAAGCAUUCUCCACAUUGUUUUCCCACCUGACUUCCGUUUCGCCUUUCUCAAGUUCCUCCACCGCCUCUUCCACUGGUUCUCCGCCUACUGUUACUACGACAUCACCGAAAUCGACGGUGUCAACACUAAUGAGCUCUACAACGCCGUGCAACUCUACCUCAGCGCCUCCGCUUCCAUUUCCGGAACACGUCUCAGCCUCACGCGCGGCCUCAAUUCCAGCUCCAUCACCUUUGGCCUUUCCAACAACGACCGCCUCGUGGACUCGUACAAAGGCGCAGCUGUCGAAUGGGAGCAUAUUGUCACUCAAAGACAGUCCCAAUCAUUUUCUUGGCGGCCAUUGCCCGAGGAGAGAAGAGGGUUCACUCUCAGAGUGAAGAAAAAAGACAAACAGGUGAUUUUGGAUUCUUACUUGGAUUUUGUUAUGGAAAAAGCUAAUGAAAUCCGCAGAAAAAACCAGGACAGGUUGCUUUAUACGAAUUCACGUGGGGGUUCUUUGGAUUCAAGAGGCCACCCUUGGGAAUCUGUGCCCUUUAAGCAUCCCAGUACAUUUGAAACUCUGGCAAUUGAUCCUGUGAAAAAGGCAGAAAUUAUGGCUGAUCUUGUGGAUUUUGCCAAUGGAGAGUCUUUUUACGGGAGAACUGGAAGGGCCUGGAAAAGAGGGUAUUUGCUGUUUGGUCCUCCAGGGACUGGAAAAUCUAGCAUGAUUGCUGCCAUGGCUAAUUUUCUUGGAUAUGAUAUUUAUGAUCUUGAAUUGACUGAAGUGAAUACAAAUUCUGAGUUAAGGAAGUUACUCAUGAAAACCAGCUCGAAAUCGAUCAUUGUCAUUGAGGACAUAGAUUGUUCUAUCAAUCUGGCUAACCGGAACACCACCGGUGGUGGUGCAAAAUCAGGUUGUCAAAGAAAUAACUAUGAUGCUGCAUCUAAUGGAAUUGAGGAUGAUGGAAAUUCAAUAACACUUUCAGGGUUGUUGAAUUUCACUGAUGGAUUAUGGUCUUGCUGUGGGAGUGAAAAGAUUUUUCUGUUCACUACAAAUCAUAUUGAAAAACUUGAUCCUGCAUUGUUAAGAAGUGGAAGAAUGGACAUGCACAUUCACAUGAGUUAUUGUUCAUUCCCUGCACUGAAAAUUCUGCUAAAAAAUUAUCUGGGAUUUCAAGAAGAUGAAUUACAGAAAGAUCUAUUGGUAGAAUUGGAGGGUGUAAUUGAUGAGGCAGAAAUGACUCCUGCAGAUAUCAGUGAAGUUUUAAUCAAGAAGAGGAGAGACAAAAAUAAUGCUGUUAGGGAAUUAUUGGUGGAAUUGAAGAAUAGGGUUAGAAGAAAAAGAGGGAAAUCUAGAGAGAGAAAUGGAGAUGUGAUUGAAGAUGAAGAACAGGAGAAGAGGGCUUUGGAUAGUCCUAAAGAUGGCUGUGAUCAGUUGCAAGAAACGUGCAAUAAGAAAAAUGAAGGGGGAAAUGGAUGUGAUGACGACGACAAUGACGACAAGUAUGAUUAA